AGACGAAGCCAGGGUUGGCUUGGCAUAGCUUACAUGGUAUCUUAUAGCUUCCCUGUUCCACGCUUUACCCAUUGCUUAGUUACAGAUACCUGCAGUAAUCCCCCCUCGCCCAAAUGGCAGAUUCAGUCGGUGCUUUUGUCUUUCUGAUUGCAGUCUAUGGGUUGUGCUGCUGUUGCCUUUGUUGGGUCAUUGAUUGCUGCGCCCGAGGGGAGCCGCGCUGGUUUGAGCCACCUGCCAGCAGUCAGUUCGCGGUUUCACUUCCCCUUUUCCUCCGCUCGCGCCUGGGCGGCGAAAUUGACUAGGGAGCGGUGCCUUCGCCGUGCCGGGCCGUGCCGUGCCGUGCCGGGCCAUGCCGGCUGAAUCUGACACCCACAACAUGGGCGUUUCCUUUUUCUGUCCCAUUUGUAAAGUCAUCAAAAAGGGGUUUUCCUGGCAUGAAGCAAGCAGGGUGGGGAAGGAAAGAGAAGCCUCGUUGCUCAGAAAUGAUGGCGAAACGCAAACAACUGACCAACACACCGAUUGUGCCUUUUUCUGAAAGGGAAACAGGAUCUCAACUUGCAUCCGGGGCAGCAGGAAGUGAAGAGUCCCGGCCGAUCUUGAAGAGUUUCUCUUGAAGGAGAGCUUCUCCCCCAGAUGAACUGAGUCCUGCCGCGGAGAAGGACUGAAGGGAAGGCCCUGCCAGUCUAGGAAAACAGGGAGGGCUCCUCGGCCAUGGCGCACCAGCAGCAGAGCGUCCUGCAGGCCAGCGGCAGGCCCGGCACGGCGGUGGGACCGGAGGCGAUGCAGCGCCUUUUGGCUGCGUGUCAGGAAGCCAAGAGGUUCGCCUACUGCCCCUACAGCAAGUACCCCGUGGGAGCAGCGCUCCUGACUUCAGAGGGCAAGAUCUUCACAGGUUGCAAUGUUGAGAAUGCAAGUUACCCGCUGGGAGUCUGUGCCGAGCGGACAGCCAUCCAGAAGGCUGUGUCUGAAGGCCAUACAACAUUUCGAGCCAUGGCCAUCAGUUGCAACAGCCAAGACUCGUACGCCCUGCCCUGUGGAGCUUGUAGACAAGUCCUCCGAGAGUUCGGCAAACAAUGGGAAAUCUAUCUGACCAAGGCAGAUGGCACAUACAUACAGAAGACGUUAGAGGAGCUUCUGCCGCUGUCUUUCGGACCAGAAGAUCUGAAGAUCUGAAGGGGAUGGAAACCAGCGAGGCCUCGCUGCUUCCCCACGCCUCCCACACCUCCUGGAUUGAGAAACUUUGCACACGUUUUCAUUCCAAAGCUACUGAUUUCGGGUUCAGAGGGGCUUCGAAACCUUCAGGAUCCUCGGCCUCGACCGGUGGCCUCCAGGGCUUCGGACCACGUCCUUCCCAGCCUGCCUGGGAGAGCCCGGGGUGAAUCUGGACGCUUUGCCACUGACCUACAGCCCCCGCCCCACCCCAAGAUAAACAGCAGUCUUACUCUUUUGAGAC